AUGGGAAGCGAGUGCAAGGGCCACCAGCCGCAGGACGACGGCGGCGUGGCGCCGUUCGUGGCCAAGACGUUCCACAUGGUGAGCGACCCGGCCACGGACGCCGUGGUGUGCUGGGGCGGCGCCAGCAACACGUUCCUCGUCCUCGACCCCGCCGCCUUCUCCGACUUCCUCCUCCCCUCCUACUUCAAGCACCGCAACUUCGCCAGCUUCGUCCGCCAGCUCAACACCUACGGUUUUCGCAAGGUUGACCCGGACGUGUGGGAGUUCGCGCACGAGUCGUUCCUGCGCGGCCAGGCCAAGCUGCUGCCGCUGAUCGUGCGCAAGAAGAAGAGGGCCGGGAGGGAGCUGUGCGAGGAGGAGGAGGAGGUGCGGGGGACGAUCCAGGCGGUGCAGAGGCUGCGGGACGAGCGGAGGGGCAUGGAGGAGGAGCUGCAGGACAUGGACCGCAGGCUCUGUGCGGCGGAGAACCGGCCGGGCCAGAUGAUGGCCUUCCUCGGCAAGCUCGCCGACGACCCGGGCGUGGUGCUGCGCGCCAUGGUCGCCAAGAAGGAGGAGCUGGCUGCAGCCGGUGCCGGUGGCAAGGAUUCAAGCCCGGAUAAGAGGCGGCGGAUCGGGGCCGACGCCGGACGCGGAGCUGACGCUGCGGAUCAGGCGGCCCAGAGCAGGGCCGUGCCGUUCCCCUUCUCUAAUCUGGGACAGGUGUUCUACUGA